AUGACAUCUGGGAUAUGGCACAAGACCCGUCGAUUAGUGAUCAGCGACAAGCCAAGCCAGGUUGAGGUGCAAAGGUGCAACUCCUUCUGGCUUCCGCUCGCCGAUAUCCAGUACGCCUGUCGUGGCACACAGGUAAUGCUGCAAUGGUCAGACUGCAAUCAGACAAAGGAGCAACGACUCGGCGACUCCAACCUGACCUAUUCACGAGUCUAUAAACCAGAGACGCCGAACAACAAGGUCGAAAUCGUUUUCAGAGAUGUGGUGGCAGCUCAGGCAUUCAUCGACGUCGUCACACGUGCCAACUCGGGCUCGUCUAUUCUUUGGCGACGACUAGGGACACCGCUCACGCAGGAACUACGCCUGUACAAGGUGCAGCAAAAGCCAAGUCAUUUCAUCGUCCAUGUGUCAGUCCCAACGGUCCCGGGAGGCGACAUUGUACAGUCGAAGCUGUUCAUACAGCAAACCGACUCGAUCCUGGAUAUCUGGACCCAUUCGCUGGUACCCGGUGAGCGCACAUUGUCAGUGCGGUUCUGCGGUCGCGUCUCGACGCCGAAUUAUUCCUCCGACGUGAAUGACAAGCCGAGCGACGACACCGCCACGGUAGCCCGAUGUUCGAAAGCGAUGCUUGUUUUCAGCGAAUACAAAUUGGACUUCCCUCUGAUCUCAGACACAGAUGGCAUUGGAUUGCCAACAGAUCUACGAGAGAUUCUUGAGCUGGUGACGGGCUGGACAAUCUGCUUCCUCGCCUCCGGCGUCAAGGUGACCGCACCAAACGCAUUCAAGAAGACCACGGACUACGGUCUCUCAGACGUCACACUCUGGGAAUCCAGUCGAGACGCACACACGGACGCGCCACGAGAAGCAAUCUUCGCAUUCCGCCAACACGGCCCCAAGAAAGAUUACCUAUGGAGAACCGCAACGAUAACGGCACAGUCGCAAGCGACAUACAAAUCCCCCGACGCCGAGAUAACCAUCUUCGGCAAAUCCAGCGGCGACCUGCUGGACACUUCCACGCUGCGCACGACCACAGCCAGCGCGCUGCCGACUCACAGCGCCACCGACGCGCUGGCGUCGCGCAAGCGACCCGCGGGCAAGCAGAAGAGCGCCCGCGAGCCCACCACGCUGAAGCUGCGCUUUGCGCGCCACGCUGAGUACAAGAGCUUCUCCGCGUGCUUCGACGAGCUGCUGCAGACGGCGUGGGUGGAUGCGCAGCUGCAGACGCGGCGGCGCGUCGCGACGUAUCUGUCGCGCGACUCGCAGUCGACCGACUCGCGCGCGGGCUCGUUGCAGCAGGGCGGGCGCGGGCGAUGCUGA